UGGGCUUCAGAUUCUCGUCUUCUCUUUCACUAUCUUCGAUCUUCCAUUGCCUUCAAUCCUCUGCUCUCUUCUUCUCCCAUGGUUGCUCGUUUCAAUUCUUCAUCUUCCAUUAUCUUCAAGCCUUCACCUUCUCUCUGAUCGCUACGCACUCACUGUUCUCUCGAUCCGUGCCACAAAUUUCAGCCUCCGUCCGCUGCUGCGCUGUGGCUUUCUGGAGAAGUUCUCUGUGUUAUCAGUGAAGGAUUGUAUUGUUACCAUGUCUGAUCAUAUCACAAAGUCAUACCAAGAAGAGAGUGGAACGUCAAUGCGACCCUACCAUUCAGUUUGGUUGUCUCACUGGGCACAUUCAGGCUGCAAAUCAGCGAAUGGAGCCUGCAAUAAUUUAUCGACCAGCAGUGAGUCUGGGGAAGAAAAUUCUCAAACUAAGAAGCGCCCUUUGCUCGACGGUCCAAUGCAAGCUACUAUCAAUGGAAAACAUGCCAUUGGGUCUGGAGAAGUAGCUGGAGUAACUGCAGAUUAUCCCAACAAUGAGAGUUUGACUGGGAGAUCUAAGAAGAGAAGGAAAGAAAGGUUAGAUUCUGAGCCCUUGCCUAUGCUCAAUGUUUCUCAGCAUAGUGGGGGUAAACUGGGUAUGAAUAUUGAACAGGCCACGGCUAGUCAAGGUGGAGCUUUGAAAUUUCAUACUGGUUCUGUCUCUGGGCACAAAACUUCGUCUCUGGAUGGGAAGAGCCAAUUGCCAUCAGUUCCUGAAAGAGCUAAACCCAAGAAGGAAAAAAUGACUUCCAAUGACAUUAGAGUGUAUCAACAGCAACAUGAGAAUUCCAAUAAGCUUCUUAACAACAAUGACUUAACCGUUUCACCACUUGUUGGAGAUGAGGCUAUGGGAUCAGCUUCCAACUUCAUUCCAUAUGGAAUGAGUAAUGGAUUUCCAUUCACCACAUGUGAACGAAACAUGAAUGAUGAACCAAGUUCCUAUUUGUCAUCCAAAAAACAGGUUGGAAAUACUAAUUUCCACACUUAUUCUACUCUCUUUGUACAAGAGACAAAAAUCAACCAACUUUUGGAUUCAACCCAAGCUACAAAUGCACUGUCAAGGCAGCACAUGAGAACGUUCUUACUGCACAAUCCCUCUUCAAGCAAUCUCGACCAACCAAAACCAUACCCUAUACAAUGCGAUACUAGGAAAAGUAGUUCUAAUACCUUACCCGAUCUCAGCCAGAGCAACCAUGCAGACACUACCUUACCAGAAUAUUUAUACCGUGGAGGUUACUCAAUGCAGAGACUCCCAUUUUCUGUUCAUGACGUGGAAACUAUGAGAAUAUGUACCACUGUAGACUCUGUUGGACAGGCGCUCAAGGGUCCUCCAAAGUUUUGUCAAACAACUCACCGUUUAAUGAUCACUAAAAAGACUGAUGUUGACUUGUUUGAAGGUCAGGAGUUUAGAGGGGCAGUGGCAUCCACCAAUCUCAAAGAAAAAGCUACAUGUGCACUUCUUAGUGCAUCCACCAAUUUUGGCAGACACGAUCAGAAUGAUAAUGAAUUGACACAACCUUCUAGCUCCCUCUAUGGAGAAAAUGAAAAUUUUGGAAAUAUGAGGUGUGCGACUUCUUUGAGCAAUGAAUCAUCUGGAACUGAAACUGAUAUUAUGGAUAUGGAUGCAUACCAAGAAAACCAAUUGAGGGGCUCGGAUGCAUCACAAGCAGUUAAGGAGUUGAGGAGUUCAAAAUCACCAUUGCUCUCUGUGAGUGCAGCUAGUUCGGUUAGAAAUCAAAUCGGAGAUCGGCUUCCGAAGAAAAGAUUCCUUGACAUAAAUGAAAGGCCACCCAAUUAUUCUACUUCUGCGAGCUUGAUGGACAACGGGGAGUCGAGUACCUCUAAAACACAAACUAUGGAUGCAGAACACCUCCUUCCAAGUGCCGUGCAGCCGAGGUUUUCAAACUCUACGGCCCCUCCAAAUGACUCUUCUAAACGAGAGAUAGACAAUGAGUGGGUUAAACGUCUUAGGCCAUCUGCCUCAGAGUCGGUUCAUGAUACAAAGAGCACGAAAAAGGAAGAAUCUUCCUGUGAUAAAGCCAAUCAGCUCUUUAGUAAAAUGAAAUGCCGCUCAACCAGCUCUGACCGCUCUAGUGGUCCACUCCAAGGACAAGAACAAUUGGCAAUUGGUCAAACAGCAACUACAAUAAAGAAUAGCGACGUAUGCAGCAACUUAGGAUUAAAGAAUCGAGAAAUGAUACUCUCCAACCCCUGGAUUCGGAGAUUGUGUCUUAAUAAACCGGCGCCUUCUGAAACAAAUCUUGAAACUGCAGCGAUUCACAAACCGCAGGGCUCAAAACCAACGUUACUUCAGCCAUUUCCCAGUAUUGCUGCCAUGGCAUUGAUGGGCAAGACGAUGACUGGGGUUCGGCCACGCGAGUUCAGCAGAAAAGGCUCUUCUUUAGUUUGGAACACUGAGGAUAUUUAACAACCUCGAAUCAUUCAGGUUUCUGAGACUGCUGUUACUUUGACAUGGAAUUAUUUCUAUGAAACUCAGCCCCAAGAAGUUGGAACUGCCAGAGAGACCACAAGCUUUGUGCUCGAGGAAUCACUUCGCUACGUUGUUCCUCCUGGGGCUAAAAUGGAACGCGAGACAUCCCCUAUUUUCAGUAAUGAAAUGAGCUACAAGCUUGUAUACAAUUCUAUAGUUUUAAGUGAUUUGUAUUCUGCGUGGAGCCAUUGAAAGUGCAGAUACUGCAUUUUCCUUUCUCAAUAUAUGGUUACCACUCUUUGCAUAUGAUCUCGGCAAGGAAGAAAGCUAACAUACGACCAUUAUAUGGUUCAUGUGUCUGGAGGAUCCAUUCAGUAGUCCGACGCUGUCAGUUUGUUAUUCGAUUACGUAUCAGGCACAUCUAUGUUCCUUAUAUGGUUAAACUCAGCACAAUAUACUAAAAUGUUUUGUUAC